AUUUAUUUACGCACACUUCAGCUAUGUAUUGCUUAAUUCUAUGCAAAGAGACUUUUGGAUCAGGAAACUUGAGUACUGCUUUAUACAUAAGGGAGAUCUUCGAACUAUAUUUAGAAGCUGAAUUCAUAAAAAUUGUUAACAUCAACUGUGAAAGUUCUUUGAAAGACAUAGACAACUUCAAUCGAUCAACUGCAAACCCUAAAUUAGUGAUUGCCCUUCACUUACGUCAAUGCUCACAUCUUGUCAGUUUGCUGGACAAAAGUAUACCUGUUCUUGCAAUCUGCACUGGGUCUGACAUAAAUAUGGAUAGAACUCAUGCGGUAUAUUUGAAACUGAUGUCAUAUUUAGUUGACCGAAGUUCUGCAGUUGUUUUACUUAAUCAACCAAUGUUGAAGCAGUUUAAAGAAACUUGGCCUCAUUAUCCUGGUCAGUUGCAAGUCAUACACCAAGCAAUACGAGUUGACGUUGAGGACGCAAAUCACUUUAAGAGAAACAUUCUGACGGCAAUCGAAUGUAAACUAGGAGUAAAGUUGCAGCCAUUCUUCAUUGUUGCUGGUCUUUUGAGAGAUGUGAAAGAUCCAAUGUUCGCACUUCAAGCAUUCCUAGAAUGGAGAAAUCAAGAUAAAAAAGAGAAUAAAAAUUCGAAAGUGACUUCAACUAUUAAUUAUAAAUCUUAUAAUCUUUUGUAUGUUGGAUCAGUUGAAGAAGAUACAGAAAAUAUACAACAAUUUAUUGAUGAAAUAGAUGGGAAACAUCGUAUGGUACGUUGAAAAAAGCUAACAAUCAUAUGCUCAAAUAUAAUAUACACAUACAACAACCAAUCAAAGAAGAACUAAACUCUGUUUAAUGAUUGGUCCACAUCAGUCAGUCUUCACGUACCUGACAUUUGAGAGGGAGAACAAAACUGCUUUAUUUAUUGAUUAAUUGAAAUUAAAUUUUUAUAUGAAUGAAAAUUUUACCUCACUGAAAAUGUAAUAAAAGAACUGAAUUGUUUUGACAACUAUUAUGAUAAUAUAAAAUACAUAUUACUGUAUUUAUUCGAAAAAAAGGGAAUAUUUUUAGAAAGACAAAAAAAUCAUUGUAUACACGAACUUCAUGUACAUGUGAUUAGAGAUCCAACCUAAGAAAUGUUAUACCUAUUCAACUAAAGAGUGAUGUUAACAACUAUAGUUUGUUAUAAGUAUAAAAAAUUGUGACAAUGACAGCUAUGCUGAUAAAUCCCUGUUUAUUUAUCAAUUAGUUUAUCUAAAUGAUAGUACUUGAUAAACACAAAAGUCUACAAAUCAUAAUUCGAAAAUAAGUAAACUGUAUGAUGUACUGUAAUAAAAGAUAAGACAGUAACUGCUAUUUGAUCAUUAUCCAUAACCCAACAAAACUAAGUGCGAUAUUUUAAAUAUGACACUUAAAAAGUCACUGAUUUCUGAAGUAUUUAUUUUGAUUAAAAAUAAUUAAAUUGAUGAAGUAAAAGGUUUAAAACAUGUUGUAUUUUAAUUGUAAGCAAGUCUAAUGAGAUUUGUGGAUAAAUAACUGACAAAGUAUCAUCAGUCAAUUCAUUUCAGUCCCGUUUUAUUUUAUUGCACAUCAUUUCAUCUCUAAAGUAGCUUAGUCUUUUUUACUUAGUUUUAUACAUAUACAGAAGUCACAUAGAGAUCAAACAAUAUAUUGCGUCUACGCUAGAAUAACGAAGAUUAAUUGAGGAUCUAUACGGUCAUAAAAGUCAAAGAAAACAGACGAACGAAAUAAAAUUACACGUACAGGGAAAAUUACCUUGUGUUAUUUAUGUCAUCGUAUCUUCUCAUUCUUUACACAAAAACUUGUGUGUUAUCUAUAAAUAGUACGUUCUUUAUAACAGCAAAGGGAAAUCAAUAACACUGAUACUCGAAAAAGUAGUAAACUAAUCAUUGUGGAGCAUAAUGAUCAACAAAAAAACAAUAAUAAACCGGUAGUUCUAUGACUAAUUAUUGGAUCACUGCCGAAAACACUUUUCCAACAAGUCAAAGGAAUUAAAUUUACGAUACCAUCUCUAGAAAUAGCACUCUGUGAUUCAGAAAAAGUGUCUUUAUCAUUUCUAAUUCUACUAAAAUGACAAACUUUAACACAUGACGUGUUUGUUUUUUAAUAGGAUAUUUUGAUUAAAUGGAUAAAUCACUCCAGAGCAUGUAUACAAUGUUAUAGAAUCCUUAUUUCAAAGUUUUGUAAUAUAUAUUAAUAUUACUGACGAAAUUUUUUUCCUAGCAUUUUGUAUUAGGAAGUGAUAAAUCGAGUUGAUCGAAAUACUGAUAUUUAUCAGGUUUCAUUAUUCAUGGCUCCCUAUGAGUAUCAAAUAAUUAAUGGAUAGGUUAGACUAGCAUAACUGCUCUAAUAACAAUCAUACAUAUUCUUAUAUUUUUAUUAAACUUACUCAAACUAAGUGGUGAUUUUCGACCAGUGUUUUUUGGUAGUAUAUAUAUAUAUAUAUAAGCAAACAACAUGGUUAGUUUAUAGACUGAACAGUGAAUGAACUAAAUUUGAAAAUUCUGUACAAAUUAUUCGGUUAAUUAUGGUAGACAGACUUGAUGAACCGUUAUCACAAUUAAGAUGUGAACUAUAAUGGGUCUUUUUGACAGAAACCGACAACUUAAAAUGUAGAUAAAUGAACUUUCCACUUUAUCUGAUAAUAAUAGUAAAUUUCUAUUAUUGAAGUCAGUUUAACAACAAAACCAUGUGUGUUAAAUUUUUUACUGAAACUAACGAUAGUAUGAGAGUUCCUAUUUUAAUUUUAGUACCGAAAUUGUUAUUAGAUGAAAUCUGAUAUACGGAACACCUUCAAUAUUUGACGUAUUCAUGUUUGAUAGUCAAUUAUUUUCAAGUUUUCUCCUUAAAUUUCAGAAAAGUUGUUCAUCGAUGUGAUUCAUUAACACAAAAAGAAUUGCAUUCAUUAAUGCUUAGCUCUCAAGCACUGAUCAAUUGUUCAAUCAGUGAAGGGCAGUCUUUGGCUGUAAUGGAGGCUAUGUCUCUUGGAGUUCCGGUUGUGGUGAGAGAAAAUCCAGGUAACUGUGAUCUUAUCAAACAUAGAAAAAAUGGGUUGGUAUUCAGAACAUCCAAGGUAAGUAUUAAGUGCAAUUAGUAUCUACGAUAAUCACUUAUUUUCAAAGUGUUCAUCCUAAGUGAAAAAUUUUCUACCCUCAUUAGAUUACAAAUCGUUGUGAUGUCAUAGUAGUAUGAUUGAUUGUGAGAAAGACUGAAAGGAAAGGAUGAAUUCCAAAUGCUUGUGAGAGUGGCCUUCGCUCGUCUAUGAACUGUAACAGGUGUAAGUGAAUAUUUAGAGAAUGGAGUAAAAAAUUGUUCUCUACACGAACGGAUUCUGAGCCAUAUCACCCAACCUCUUCAACUACCAGUUAAGAUAAUCGCCAUGACCCCAACCUGGCGGUCUGCACCUCCUAGUGCGACCCAGUUCAGCGAAUGGUGACUUCAUGAACAGAUAUUAUGUCUUGGUUUGUACGUGCGUAGUUUUCUCUCAACUUAUUCCUUCUGUAGCCAACAUUGUGAGUCGAUAUAUGUAUUUAUUAAUGUAAUUGUUCCCUCUUUUGGCGAAUAAGUGCUCCAGAUUCUAUCCUAACAGUGACGCCAAGUGAUGCAUAAAUCUAGUAUCUCAGCCAAAAUCAACAUAGCAACGAAUUAUAUGACAUACCAAGUAAUUAUAGAUGAUUUUUAAAAAAACUAACUUCAAUAUUUAAGUGUACGACUUCCAGAAGCUAUCUGCCAUGGAAAGAAUUUAAGACUUUCCCUGCAAUAGGUAGUUUUUAUUAGAUUAAUAGCAAUGAUCUUCCUUUUCGUUAAUUUAAGAUGACAAACUUAUGUAUGAUUCUUAUCGUUUUAAAUUAUUUCCAAUACCCCAAAGACUCUAUAUACUAAUUAAUAUGUAUCAAGAAAAUUCUUGUCAAUGUACACAAAAGCGGUAAAAUAAUCCCAAACACUUCUAUAAGUUUCAGACUAUGUGAGAUUAAUCGGUGUUCUUCAUCUUAUUAUGAAAACGAUGACAGCAAUAAUCAUCGAUGGUUGGUAAUUCAUCGCACUUAUUUUAUGAGACAUGUACAUCUACGAAGUGCUGAUGUUACUGAUUCUUAAACUGAUUCUCAUCACUGGACCAUCAUACACUUUCCCGAAUCUGUCAAAUAAACAACUAGAUACUUUAUAGUGACCCGCUGAUAACUGAUCGCAUAAAUCUAACAUAGUCUUUCGAAACAUUACAAGUACGACUAUUUGUAGUACAUUGUGUGAUAUCCAAUACUUGUGAAUGAUCUUUCUUUCCAAGCUGAACCAUACAAAUAGUUCCUUUAUCACAGAUCGAUAUUUCUGGACCAAUAGCUUCAUAUUCUAUUAAAAACGAAAUCACAUGAAUAACUAGGAUUUUCAUCCAAGUAACGGAAAUAUUCAGCAACCCAUCAAUGACGCAUGUGACACAGAAUGCACUCUAUUUGGUCCAAGACUAGUAGUAAACAAACAACAUAAAAUUUAUAACUUACUGAUUUUCACGGAAACCAUACUUUAAAAUCCUGCUACAAGUAAAUUAGUUAUAAGUUUUAUAUUCUAACUCUGAAUUUGUAAAUCGGUAGACGUAUCUGCUUUUUUAAAACCGCUUAAACUUCCAACAACCAUUUGAAUUACUUCCAGUUAUUCCACCAUAUCGCUUAUCUAAUUAUGAUAGGAAAAAUGGUUGGUUGUGUUCCACUCCAGAAAUUAAUCCAAUGUAAACAUGUGGUCACAAAUCUUAACAGUAGAAUGAAGCUAGUCAACUUGUACAGAAAUACCUAACUCAAUAUGGAUGAGAUCGCUUUGAUUAAUUAUUAGCCUCGUAUAUGGUACAAUAUUUAAAAAGUAUACAUGAUUAUGCCCAUUUUACAAAGCUUCACUUUAGAGAUACUUACUGGAUUUUGGUUGUUAAAUUCAAUAGAAUUUGUAUUCAUUUACACAAAAUAAAGGGUCUGUUUUAUGUAUUCAGGAGCUGGGAGAAUGUCUAACUUAUCUAGAAGAAAAUCCUGAAAUAAAGAAACAACUAAUUUUCGCAGGGGAAGAGUUUAUGGGAGGCAAAGAAUUCCAAAGAGGAUAUCAAGCGAAAAUAUAUUCACACAUAAUCCAACAUAUAUAUUCUAGUGUAUAAUCAACAUAUACAGCAGUCGAGUGCAUAACAAACAAUAUCAGUGACAUUUUUCUUUAAAUUUCAUUAUAACUGAUAUCCAUAAGUAUACAAUUUCGAUUACAAAGUAACAAUAAAGCUUUUCACU